AUGCGUUCUGAUUUUGAAAAUGCUAUGCAAAAGAUUCGGAGAUUAACAGAAGAAAAAGCUGCUGAAGACGAAGAGUUACAUCGCCUACAACAAGAAGUCUCACAGAAACAGAAUGAGCUAGUAUCACUGAGAAUAAAGGAAGCCAACAGUACAGCGCAAUACGACGAUGCGAAGAAGAAAAUAAGUUCUAGCAUCAUCGAACGGUGGUUCUGCGAACAUUGCGAUGAUUUCACUGAACACACUACCGAGAAUUGUCCACAUUAUGUAGAAGUGAAACCGGAAGUACAGGAAAUAACUUCUGCUAGUAAUUCCGACGAAUAUUGCGAAUUUUGCUCAGAAAAUGGCCAUGAUACAUUCUCUUGUCCAUUUUAUAAGCUACGAGCCAAACAAACGAAGAGUGUUAAAUCGUGA